CAUAAGAAUGUUUUCUAGUGGGUAAAACGAUAGAGAAAAACAAUUUCCACAAAAUUUUACGAUGCAAUUGCUAACAAUAUUUGUAAUAGGUACUAUUACUUUUAUCAAAUUGGAUAAGGCACUUGAUAUGAGCGUACCAGACAGACCAGCUGUCAUCAGCCAAUACUGGUGCUGGCGAGCUCAGCACUGCCUCCAGGGUGACAUCGUCUGUACCCGCGACCGCCGACAAGACAGGAGACAGUGGUUCCACUGUGCAUGCGACAUGUAUAGACACAACUGUCAAUUGAAACAUGAUUUUACUGCAACUGAUCCUAAAAUAUGUAGCCAUAUACCUAAACCACCGUUACUAAGAAGUAAGAAGUAACAGGUUUUUGACGCCAAAUCAAUUCUCAAGUAAUGACUGAUAAGAUAAGACGUUUUAAUUGCAUUUUAUUUUAAUAAAAGUCUCUAUAAGUUGCCGUUUUA